AUGACUUCCAGAAGACCAAUGACCCGUUCUUACUCUGGCAAUGGGAGGUCCGGCGGCAGCUACAAUGAGGAGGAGGUCAGCUCUUCGAAUGGCCGCAUGGAGAGCUGCAACUACCUCUCCAAUGUCAGGCCCGAAAACAGGAGUACAUUGUUUGGUGUAAUGGCUCAGCUGACUGAGGACACCCAGCCUGUAUUUGAGACCACCUUAAAAUCCAAGGCCGUGUCAGAGAACUGUAAUGUGAAGUUGACAUGUGUGGUUACAGGAAACCCAGCCCCAGAACUGACGUGGUACAGAGACGACAUGGAGUUGGACCGAUACUGCGGUCUUCCAAAAUAUGAAAUUGGCCGCAAUGGAAAAACUCACACACUCCAAAUUUACAACUGCACAGUGGAUGAUGCAGCCAUCUAUCAGGCUUCAGCCAGGAACAGCAAAGGCAUUGUCUCCUGCUCUGGGGUUCUGGAGGUGGGCACCAUGAGCGAGUUCAAGAUCCACCAGAGGUUCUUUGGCAAGCUGAAAGAGAAGGCAGAGAACAAGAAGAGGGAGUUGGAAGAGAGCAGGAGAAGGGGCAAUGAGAAUGUCCAGAAGGAGCCUCAGGAACAGAAGCCUCUCCAGAACAGCCCGAUCGCCCCUCAGAGGAAGCGCCGGACCCCAAGUGCCCUCUCUUCACCACCGGAUGGGGAGGAGAACACAGUCAGCCAGGGGGCAGCGGCUGUAGAACCUAAUGGGGCCAGUGCUGAAGUCAGUGAACCGGCCAUGGUGACAACUACAGAGAAUGGGAGCAAGACUCCCAACAAUGACUUUGACAAUGUGGAGAUUGUCACCACCAAGCCCCCAACCACAGAAAUCUUUGCCAAAAUGAAGAUGAAGAUCUCAAAUGGUAUAGAUUCUGGGGUUGUCAGCAGUAACAGUAGUCAUACAGGACCGGGCACCAGUGAAAAUGCAUAUGAUGGAGGAAUAAGUUUGGCUCAAUUUCUGUCAGAGACCCUUCAUUCACAGACUGCUGAGGAAAAGAAGAUCCCUGCACGAGUGGAGGAAACUGUGGCAGUGGAGGAGCCAGAUGGUCACCCAGAGGUGUAUAAAACCCCCACAGAGGAGACAGUGCCCAUGGCGGUAGUAGCACCAAAAACUAACGUACCACACAAGCAGCUAGCGUCAUUUGAGAGGUUGAACUCAGCUGAACACAAGCAUGGAUUUACUGUUUCACACUCAGAAGAACCCCCUUCGGCUCUCAGAAGAGCACCAGAGAGUGUGCCUGAUUCACUGGAGCAUGUUGAGCAGAAGGAGGUAUGUCCGGAGGUGAUGAUCAGCAGCAGUACAGAGACAGUGCCCACAUCUGGCCCUCCAGCCCUCAGUGAGGCAACCGUGGACCAGAUCCAGGCAGACCCUGUCCCCCAUGUGGUUGUCUCAGCCCCACAUGAGCCAAACAUCCAAGUGUUUUCUUCCGGGACUGAUCAGGUGACAAGACAUGAUGCCAAAACUGAAGAUUUACACAAACAGGGUCCAUCUGACACUCCAUGGAGCCCAGACCCCAGCAGUGGAGCAGGUUUCCAUAUGUCAAACCGCACUAGUGUGGGUGAAAGCGGGAGUGCUCCUAACAAUAAUAUCUCACCCACAGUCAACCUCGGCCUGAUGACAGUAACCACAGAAAGUGAGAAAGAGAAGAAAAGUUUUGUGGACAGUUCAUUUGGCAACCUGAAGAUACAAGAACAGGUGGCACCUAUUGUGCAGAAAACGUCUGAGCAAAAGGAUGUGAACUUAGAGAGAAACGACGUGCCGACCCGCACUAUUGAGAGACAUGUUGAAACAGAAGAAAAGGUGACUGAAAUAAAGGUGGAAGUGCUGGGUGAAUCUAAGAUCCACUCAGAGACCCAGCCUGUGAAAGGCUCUGUCAUUGUGUCCCCUGAGCCACCAGUGAGUCCCAGCAGUCUCCGCAGGCUCACGUCAAGGACUCCCCCUGUCAUUACUGUGGAUGACCCUCCUAACAGUGAGAAGGCAGUAUCGGAGCAGAGUGGUGGAGACACCCCAACGUCCUCCCUGUCCUGUGAGAGCAGCCCCAGGUUGAAAAGAAGGGACAGUCUGACCCUCAUCCGCUCUGCCACGCCCGAAGAGCUGGCCUCUGGAGCUCGCCGCAAGAUCUUCAUCCCCAGGGAGGGAGAAGGGGUUGGGGUAGUGGUGGCGCUGGGUGUGGGUGGUAGUCCGCUGGACACCCAGGUCAAGAAGGAGGCUCCAUAUAUGUCACCCAGUCAGGCUCGCAGGGCAGCGUUCCUGCAGGCACCAGCAGGCUCACAGACCCCACCGCUGGAGAGACGGUCCCCUCUUCUGAGCCGUAGGAAGGCCACCCUGGAGGUGCCCAAAGUUGUGAAAGAGAUCAGCACUGAGGAGCCAGAGAGCCCCAAGACUGAGGUCAAACCUCCUGAGAAGGAGAAGCAGAACCCCUUCAAAGCUCCUCAGGUUAUCCGUAAGAUCAGGGGAGAGCCUUUCCCAGAUGCCUCAGGACACUUGAAGCUCUGGUGCCAGUUCUUCAACGUACUCAGUGACUCCACCAUCAAGUGGUACAGGGACGAGGAAGAGAUAGUAGAGGUGAAAAGAAGUGGAGGAGAUGAAAGCCAAGUGGCGUUGGCCAUCGUCCAGACAUCCAGUCGAGAUUGUGGGGUGUAUGGCUGCUCAAUCAAGAACGAAUUUGGGACAGAUUCCACUGACUUCCUUCUCAGCGUAGACCUACUUUCAGAGUACUUCCUGCGGGAGGAUUUAGAAGUUGGAGAAGAGAUGGAAAUGACUCCAAUGCUAUUCACCAAAGGCCUAGCAGACCCAGGCUACUGGGGGGAGAAGUUCUUUGGGCGCAUCAUGACACAGGAGGCCCACCUGGGAGAGGGCUGUGCACACAAGGCCUGCAGGGCGAAGGUUAUCUAUGGCCUAGACCCUGUGUUUGAGUCCGGAACCACCUGUAUCAUUAAAUUACAAAGCCCCAUCGCCUAUGGGACCAAACAGGAGAGCAACCUUGCAGAGAGAAACAUGGAAAUUACUAAGCAAGAGUGCAAAAUCCAAAACACAGUUCGAGAGUAUUGCAAAAUCUUUGCAGCUGAAGCGAGGGUGAUUGAAAACUUUGGCUUUUCACUGGAAGUGAGCCCUCUCUAUCUGGUGUACCGCCCUGCCAACUCUGUCCCUUACGCCACUGUGGAGGCUGACCUGAAGGGCAUCUUCCUUAAGUACUGUAUGAUGGAUGCCAAAGGCAGGCUGAUCACCAGAGCCACCUCAGAGGUGGAAAUGAAAUGCUGUUCCUUCCAGCAUUGGAUACACCAAUGGACAAACAGCAACUUACUGGUUACUGGGCUGGAGGGUGUUGGACCGAAGAUCACUAAAGUUAGAAUCGUCACGAAAUCAAAGGGGUAUCAAGGCCUUACAGAGGAUGGUUCUCCUAAGGUGUUUGAGCAGUUCCUGACCCAGCAUCAGUGUAACUACUACUGUGGGCUCCUCAGCCUGAGAACCCUGAAGCCCAUGGACACCCUGCAGCAGCCCCCCAAGAUCAAAGGCUCCCGGAGCCCCUUGCUCGUCAGGAAGUUGGGCUCGUCCAGCCCUCAGCUCAACAGGAAGUUGGGCUCAUCCAGCCCCCAACUGCAGAGAAAAGGACUGAACAGCCCCUUGACAACCAGAAAGGCCACCUCCAGCCCAAAGGUGCCUAGAAAGACUAGGGAGACAGAAGACAACCAGUCCACAGCCAAACCCAAGGCGGAGGAGAGUCUCAAAGUUGUGGUAUGAGGUAGCAACGUCCAAAGAGAAUACAGCAGCUUCCCUUUUCUUUCAUGCCAACGUUCAGCUUUUUUAUGUUUUCCUGUCACCCAUUGCUGUAUUUAGUUGGGUUGAAGCUAGGACGACCAGCAUGGCCUUGAACAAAAUGUUACAGAGCUUGUGCCUGAAAAGUCUUAAUCCAAGAAGGAGAGACAAACAGGGAGAUGAGUUAAAAUCUAGGGUAUAGGUCACCCUAGUGGAUGUUUAUAUAACAUUACUGUGAAUUUCUCAAUAACCAUCAGUAGUAGUAAGAUACUCCCCAUUCUCCAGCUUAAUGCUGAAAUGGUUUAAGUGAGUGGAGGAGGUACAGUACCUUUAAGAAAACUUCCAGCACUAAGGAAAUGGGACACAGUUUUCUCACACAUCCAGUACAGUCCUCUUCAAAAGAAGAGACUUAUGAAGUGGUUGAAACAAUGGUGCUGGAUACAAAGCCGUGGCCGUAAGCAGAGCCCUAAUAGCUUGAUGCAGAUGCAAGGGUAGUGAAGUGCAGCAACUGCAUUGUACAUCUGGGAUGUAAUAUGUCUUGGUCAUUGAAAUUGUUUUUGUUGAACAGUAAUUGGAUCUUGUUACUGUUGGUCGUAUAGCAUGCUCUACUUGUUUCUAUUAUGGCAGUAUUAUGUCCUUAAACUACGCAUUACAGUCUUCCGAACACUGAGCAAAGACAACACUACUCUUGCCUCUUCACUGGGAAUAUGUUUUUGUGCACUUUUUUUGCCAAUGUUUUCUUGCCUUUUGAAAACUGCCAGGUUUUAGUAGUUCAGUUCAUUUUUGUUGAACUUUGUUCAAAUCCUGUAAUCUGUUCAUUGGAAAUGAACAUGUUCACAUGCUUAAGUCUGAACAGUACAGUACACCGAUCCCCUUAACCUGGUUCUUCAAAGGAACAGUACAGUACACCGAUCCCCUUAACCUGGUUCUUCAAAGGAUUGACUCUUUAACUGAACUUGAGUGUUGAAGAGCAAUAAGGGGAUUACUGAAAUAAACGCUUUAACUUUGGAAUGCACAUGUUUGGUGCCAUUUAAAUGGGUCAACUCACAAAGUGAAAGAAUAAGAGCUAUAAUAUCAGAACCAUGUAGAAACUGCUUUGGACCUGGCCCAUGAUCACAGUAAAGCAGUAGCUCACCUCCAGCUGACUUUUGUGAUUGAAAAUUAUAUGCAUUCUCAACAUUCACACUUCUGGGGGAGGGGUGGGAUGGGGAUAUUGUCACUAGUUUGAAGCGUACAGUAUGUACGUGAGUGAGUGAGUGAGUGAGUGAGUGAGUGAGUGAGUGAGUGAGUGAGUGAGUGAGUGAGUGAGUGAGUGAGUGAGUGAGUGAGUGAGUGAGUGAGUGAGUGAGUGAGUGAGUGAGUGAGUGAGUGAGUGAGUGAGUGUGUGAGUGAGUGAGAGCGUGCAAGAGGGAUUAAGAGUGUUUGAUAUGUUGGCAGAAUGCUACUGAAAUGAAUGUCCCUGACACUGUAAUAUCUGGUAUGUUAUGUUGUGAUUUUGUAAAAUAAAAGUGUACAUACAAUUAAUGUCAAA